CGAGGCGGAGGAAGAAGAAAAGGGGGCAGCAACAGCAGCGCGGAAACACAGGAGCCCGCCUUCUAAGAGGCGGAGCGGGAAGACCCGCGCAACCAAUCCGGGGUUUGUUUAGCCUCUUACCUGAGAGCCUAGAGUGAGAACUGAGGAUCACCUGUCCAGUUCAUUUCUGUGUCUCACAAGUGGAAGGGAGAGGACUUGCUGAUAAGGACUCUUCUGUUUCAUGUUUCGUCACCCAAACAGCAUAUUAGCUUUGAUCUCAUCAAGCUCCCACCUACUCCAGGACGGCCAAGCAGAAGAGGAACAGAAGGAGUUUGCCAUGAGUCGUUACAGCUUCUCCAAUCUUCUGGACUGGAUGUACGGUGGGGUGGACCCAAGCUUUGAAGGCAACGGGGGUCCUGAGUGUGCUGCCUUCCUCCCCUGGCAACAGCGCCUGGUAGAGAGCCUGGUCUUCUUAUCCGUGGGAGUUCUGGAGGUGGUGGUGUCCCUGCAGAAGAUCAGGCGAACCCAUUCCAAGGAGGUGGGGGACCUGCUUGCUGAGUCUCGGAGGAAAGAGGAGAGCAUAGGGAAAAACCUGUUGCUAGUCUUCUUCUGCCUCACUUUUGGAUUGGAAGUGGGAUUCAAGUUUGCUUCCAGGACAGUCAUCUACUUGCUGAACCCCUGCCACGUAGUUACGAUGAUGCAGAUUUUUCUGCUUGCCUGUCCACCCUGUCAUCUUGCAAUGGUUGUCUUCAGGUUGCAGAUGCAUAUGCUUAAUGGGGCACUCUUGGCAUUGCUGUUUCCUGUGGUUAACACUCGAUUGCUACCUUUUGAAUUGGAGGUCUAUUACAUUCAGCAUGUCAUGUUGUACAUUGUUCCCAUCUAUCUACUGCAUAAAAGAGGUGUCUACACUCCUGAGCCAUCUUGGAAUUUCUGGUGGGCUUUAUUAUCCACUGGACUGAUGUUUGUCUACCACUUUAGCGUUUUACAAAUUCUGGGACUGGCCACACAAGUGAAUUUGAACAAUAUGCUGUGCCCUGCCAUCUCGGAUCCUUUCUAUGGCCCUUCGUAUCGACUAUGGGCUUCCGGCCACCAGACGAUCAUGACUUUGAUUCAUGGGAAACUCAUAACUGGCAUCUUCCACAGUGCUGUGCCUGUCUUUAGGUUCUGUGUGGAUUUGCUUCGACUCCCAGCUAAGAAAAUCUACUGAAGCUUCUUGGAAGGAAGUUUUUUUAAUGUAUUUAUAGGAAGCAUAUAAGGACUGGUGGUUGUGCUGCAGAAAAAAAGAGGAAAAAGCACCAUGGAUUAAUUGUUCCUUUUGUUACAAAAUAAGGUGUUCCCUCCCAUUCCCAACUGACUACUGAUUUUUCACUGCCCAUAGCCAAUGGCAAAACUUGUGGCCUUAUCCACUGAGAGGAUGACAUUAAUUCCCAGCAGUUUCUAUCCUUUAGAAAGCAGAAUAUUGCUACUUUGGAUUGAAGUGUUCCAGGGUCUCACAAAUCUUGGUAUAUGGUGUCCUGACUGCAUCCACUAGUUCUUAGUAGAUAUCACACAGGGUGGUGAUUAGGGCUGGGCAAUGUAUUGAUACAUCAUCCAGAAUUAGUUUGCAGACCACAUUGUGAGAACCGUUUCAGAAUAAUUGAGCUGGCAAUGUAUUGCAAAGCACAGACUUCACAACUCCAGAGGGCAGUAUAAUUGAGAGCCCUCUGGCAGCUGGUUUCCUGCUUUCCCUUUCCCCUCCGAUGGCAGAACACCCCACUCCCAGCCUCAGC